GCCACCAUAGUUGGUCGGAGCUUUUCCUCUUCCCAAAAUUGUAACCCUAACCACGCACCGACGGCGAAAACUGAUCGCGGGUUUUCGCAUCUUUUACUUGCAAAGUCUUGGAAAUGGAAGUGAUGGACAAAUGGGUAGCUGAAUUUUUCCUCCGACGCCAACUAAAUCCUAGGGUUUACGCUUUUCCACUGUUAUCGGCUCUGAAACCAGUAGAUUCCGACGACUGUGUAAAACUCAAGCUAACUGCUGUUUUGCGGGAUAUCUCCAAUUCCAUGAUUCAAGGUACCGUAGACGAAGGAAUGCUUGAUCUCCUCGAAAUUCUUGAGAAGCUUCUGUUACAGGAACAUUCGGUUAUCAUGGGAUCUCUCAAAUCUGCGUAUUGCUGGACUGCUGUGGAAUGCACGCUUAGGUUUAUGUGGCCAGUGAAUGCUUCGGAUGGCUUCUUCGGUGAUGCCCUUGAGAGGAUUUGGAGGAAUCGGAUUGGGACAUUGAAGGAGAAAGAGAGCGACUUGGUGACUCGUGAGUUGUUGAAAUGGGAGAGUGAUCUAAACAAGGCGUUUGAGGAACCUGAGAUUUACCAGAAGAUUCGUGAGACUAACAUCAGGUACAAUGCCAUCUCUCAUCUUAAUCAGCUUCUCAAAGAGCAGUGGGCACUACUUGGAUGUUCUUCUCUUGAAUCAGAAGCUCGAAAGAGGUUUCUUAAGCGUAAGGAUUCACCAUAUGCUUCCCGGAGAGGAGGUAAUAGAGAGAAAGCUAAUGAUGUUGAAGAAGUGGGUGGUGUGGAGAAUCCUGAUGGGGUUGGUAAGGUGAAUGAACAUGAACAGGAACACGAGCCAAGUCUUAAUAAGGGGGAAAUGUUGGUAGCUCGAGAGCUUAAGGAUUUUUUGUUGGAGAUUCAAAGACUCAUCGACCCUAUAACAAGGCAAGAUCAAGAACCUAACAAUGCAAUGGAGCAUUCAGUUGAUGUCACUCCUCAGCCUGAUGGGGCAAAUAGGACUGAUGCAGAAGAUAGUGAGGGAACAUCAUCGUCUAGAAGAGUCAGGCCUCAUCUACCAACCCCGGAACCUCUGAAUGUAUCACCGUUGAAGAAAGGAAGAUUAGAAAGACCGCGUCCCAGAAGGCCAAUGAAAUUCUGGACUUCUGAAGAAGUGGCAGCUUUGAGGGAAGGAGUUAAAGAAUAUGGAAAAUCAUGGAAAGAUAUCAAGAAUUCAUACCCUGUUGUUUUCGCUGAUAGGAGCGAGGUGGAUUUGAAGGAUAAGUGGAGGAAUUUACUUGGUCGUCAGUAGUAGGAAUCUUACCUUCUAACUUAUGGGCAUUUUGGUUUUGGGAUCUUGUGUAGUUUUGCCGCUUGUGUUAGAAAGGGACUCACUUUUUGUACGGUGAAGGCUUUAAUAUGUUCUUGAUUCAGGCUCUUGUAGUUAGUGUCAAGCUUUAGACGAUAUUUCUUGUUCAAAAAUCUAUU